UUAUUGUUUAUUGUAAUGUGGCCUUCGCCAGAACACCCAGUUAAUGGAGGGAUCGUCCUCAACUUGAUUUUGUAUGUUCUACCAGAGGGAUAUUAAUAAAUAAUGUUGAUGUAGAACAUCACGCUCCAAACCGGAAGUAACACUAUGACGUUACCAUAGACAACAGCAUCAUUGUUAAUGUUAGCGCCAUUACGCAGAGAAAGUUGUUUAGCGCCACUUUCAAAAUGGAAUUACCUCAGAGGAGGAAACUUCUACUCUUUGAUGAGAAAAACGACAUAACUUACUUUGAGAUGAAAGCAUGGAAGGCUGUGGUACACACAGUCGUGGCAGCCAGUCAGUUAUAUGCCGACCAAAUCGACCAGGGAAGAGAAAUACUCAAAUUCUUCUGUGAACUACGCUUUCAACACAGCCAAAAAAGAUAUAACUCUCAGUCCAGAGCUGAACGAUUCAAUCAAUGCCUGGCAAAGAUCAGUGAUUUCCACAAAGAGGUUCUAGGGGAUAUGGUUAAACAUACAGGCCCAGAUGGACCAUUUGGAGACCUUCUAAUGUCAGACAAUCAUGUAUUCGAGCAGCUCCUGAGGAGGGCAGCAGCCAUGAAGAAAACACAUCUGAAGCUGGAGAAGAAAGCAGCACAAGCAUGGAAGUAUUAUGGACGGAGAGUGAGGAAGAAGAAGGACCUGUAUACAAAACUGUCUGGCACCAUGACAUCUACCGAAAUAGAGCUGGACAAAAAGUACACCACCUUCAAAUCAAAAACAGAUGCUGCCUUGACAAGAUACAACAUCUUCUUCACCAAUGAAGUCUGUGAACGCGAAGUCUUAGCUCAGGAAACGGAGAAUCUGAAAGGAGACUUUCUGGAACAAGAGAAAACGAAGCUCCAUGCAAUGUUUGCAUCAAUCAAUAACCUUGUAGAGAGGAUGGAGAAACUCACUCCUCCAGCACUGAGCUGCCUGGAUUAUGAACCAGAGGAGGCAGACACAACAACCAUGGCUAAAGAAGUAUGGGAAUCCUACCUCAAGAAACACACAUUCCCAAAACAUCAGGAUGACCCAACAAGCACUGAGGAUGUGGAUGAAGUCAGUGAAGAAGCUAUUUCAGAUGAUGAGGACAAGGAAUCAGUUGAUGAUGAAGACUCGGAUGAAGAACUGGACAUCACAUCUCUUCAGGCUAGAAAGAAAGAGACCACUUCCUGGAGGAAAUCCUGA